GUUCUCUCCGGGAACAAUAAAACCCCAGCGAAGUCUAAACAUUCUUCUUUUAUUCUUAACUCGUGUCUGUUAGAUAAAGCAUUUCUCUUUCUCUUUGUUCAAAUUUCACUAUGAAGAAGCUCCGCCGUGGAGGCACGGUUCAUCCAUCACCUAUCACAACCGAUCAUCUCUCUUUCCUUCCUGCUACCAUCUUAACCCUUGCGGCUGCUCUUUCCCCUGAAGACAGAGAAGUUUUGACCUAUCUCAUAUCUUGUUCUACCAACGAUUUUGGCAACUUUUCGAGCCACCCCAAAAGCACCCCAAAAAAUCCAACUAAAAGAAUCAUCAUCAGCAGGAGCGAUCAUGACCAUCCACCUCUUUUUACCUGUGAUUGUUUCAGGUGUUACAUGAGUUACUGGGUCAGGUGGGACUCGUCGCCAAACCGGCAGCUGAUACACGAGAUUAUAGAUGCUUUUGAAGAUGGGUUGACUAAAACCAACAAGACAAAGAGCAAGAAAGACAGGAAAAAGAAAGGCGGUGGUGCUGAUUUGAAACGACCCGAUUUGAGCUUACGAAAGAACGACUCAAUUGAGUCGAAAUCGGUGGAAGAGAGUAGCAGUAGCGGUAGUGGGGAUGGUGAACUUUGUGGGGCUGAUGGAGAAGAAGGAACGGAUAAGGGUUCAGUAAGGAGGUUUGUGAACUUCAUUGGAGAGAAGAUUUGGAAUGUUUGGGGCCAGUGAAUUUAGACGAGAAUCGAGGAAAAUAGGUGGGUUUAACUCAUGCCUUUUCCUAUCUAUAAGAGAAAUAAAAAUGAAAUUCUCAAUCUUUUUAAUUAAUUUUCCCGCUUUUUUUUUAAUAUAUAUUUAUUACACUCUUUUACAAUGUAAAAAUGGGUAGUUUAAAUCUUGAAUCAUCAUGUUUUUGUUGUUCUUGAAGCAACCUUUUGAUAAAGAUAUAUUUUACCAUUUUCUAGCUUAA